ACGUGACGCAGCCUUAUGUUUACAUCAGGGGUAGGCCAUUCAUUACCAGGGGCGUGCUUAUGUUUUGUUGUUUACAUCGUUGUCAGCUUUUUUCCUUUAUUGAAGUAGAUUUUGCACUUGAGACCUUGUAGGAAAUUGCAUCUAUUGCGCUAAGACCACAGGGUAGUACGACUAAAGCCUUUAUUCUCCACGUCACGAGCGACCCUUGCCAGUGUUUGUGGAUUGUCCCUGAGUGGAAGCGGGUUGCCAACAACUUCACUACAGACGCGAACCGAGCAGCCAAUGGGCCAACCUCCCAACUCAUAGCAGCACAGGCAUCCACGAUUCAAGCAGUCUGUAGCCCAUACAAUAAACCACUGCCUUCAGUCGCGUGCACGAGGGUUCAUACUGGGAAGCUGUUUCUCGUUUUCCUGCCGUGUAACCGACCAGACUUCCCGAUGACUGCGAUGCCAGCGCCGAGCCGAGGGUCCGACACCUUCUGGAUCGAGGGAUCCCGCACCGAGGCGGCGUUCGAAGAUUUCUACGAGCUCGGGCCGCAGAUAGGACAUGGAGCCACUUCCGUCGUGUACCGUUGUGAACAGCUGGGCACCAAGCUUCCCUUUGCAGUGAAAAGAAUCAAGAAAACCACUGACAAGAAGAUCAUCAGAGCUGAAGUUGGAAUCCUGCUGAGACUAAAGCACCCAAACAUUAUUCAGCUGAGGGAGAUAUUUGAGACAGCAUCUGAACUGUACCUUGUGCUGGAGCUGGUCACUGGAGGAGAGCUGUUUGAGAGAAUCAUCCAGAAAGGGUACUACUCAGAGAAGGAUGCAGCUGAAGCAGUGAGGCAGAUCUGUGAGGCCGUUGCUGUAAGUACAUCCUCCAUUAUACAACCCGAGAAUCUCCUGUAUAGUGUUGAAUCAGAAGAUGCUCUGCUUAAGUUAGCUGACUUUGGCCUGUCCAAGAUUAUCAGCAAUGAGGUGACGAUGCAGACAGUGUGUGGGACACCAGGGUACUGUGCCCCAGAGGUGCUGAGAGGCCAUCCGUAUGGACCGAGGGACAUGUGGAGCAUAGGAGUCGUCACCUACAUCCUGUAAGUCACUUACUGUAAC